AAACAAUUAACACUUUAUAACUGUGAAACUACAUAAAUGGCGUUAAGUUUAAUAGAUUGUUCUGUAUUAACUGAAGUCUCUUGGCCAUGAAGUACAAUCAAGUCUCAUACAUCGCCUUAAGCUUGCUUCUGCUGGGAUCCUUGCUGCCAAACGAAGUGGAGUCCUUCAAAGUAGAUCUUAAUAAGGUUGCGGACUGCACAGAAUCGGGAUUGAAAGCAAUCAGCACGUUGGCCUUGAGGGCGAUACCAUGUGCGAAAAAAAUGGCAGUGUGUACUGACUUUCAGCCCAUGAAGACUAAGGACCUUGACAUCACCGCACUGGCCCUGAUGUCCUAUCAAUUUCUGCAAAAGAUUGUCAACAACCAGAAAUGUCUCCUGACCGCCUUGAAGGAAUCCUACGACGCUGUGUCGCCACACAUGGAGAAGCUUAUUAGUGCAAAGUGCGUUUCAUUUUCAUAAGGUUUAAAUCGUUCAGCAAAAUCGAUUGCCAAGAGAACCUGUUCUUUAAUAUAUAAUAUAAAUCUUUAUAAAA